AUGGCUAAUGAGGAAACAUUUGUUUCGGGAAGCUCUUCUGCCCCACCACCUCCAGAGCACGAUGUUGUAUCUGUCAAACUAGCCAAGUUACUUGCUUUUCAAGAUUCCAUUUCUCAAUCCAAAGGAAAAGGAAUAUCUAUUGGCUCCAGGAAAGGAGGCACUGAAGGAGAAAAGAUUUCUGCUUCUAGUUCUGAUCCAGUCAAUCCACCUUCUCAACAUGAAAGUGAAAGAGUUGUAAGACCUGCUCCGGAUGCAAAUCUUGACACGUUUUUAUCUUCUGGUCCUUCUUCUGCUCAAGAAAGAAGAGAGAAGCAAGCUCAAAUUGAGCAGCUGAAAAAGAAGAUGUUAGUGAUGAAGCAUUCGGAUCAGAAUGUUCCAGCGAAAGAGUAG